AUGUCUCCCCGGAAGUCGUUACCUCGUCGAGUCAAUAAACACGUCAAGACGUUGCAUUGUGUCUGCGGAUUGAGUUAUUGCCGGGCUGAUCAUUACGGUCGCCAUGUGAAGGCACAUGGACACGGAAGUGAGUAUGUAGCUGUUUCAGAGCCGUCGCCCAAUCCCGUUCUUGAUUCAAGCCCAUUUUAUUGCUCAUGCGGUAUGGGCUAUACAGCAAGCUUUGCUUUCGAGCGACAUCGUAGGGUUACCAGACAUGAUGGUGAUUGGCGACGGUCCAAAUAUCAACCCAGAGGCCAGCAAUCGUCAGUUCUCAUGGAGGGACAUCAUGACUCGAACAUGUCAGACGCUGCCGGUGAAGAAAAUGUAGGGUCUUUGCGCCAAACCGAGGUGAAAGUUCCUCAUGAGGUUCCUAGUCGACCAACCAGGUAUGAGACGCUUGAUGUUGUGUCAGCCGUUCAUGACAGCGCCGCAAAGCCUUUUGUUGUAAAUCCACCAACCGUCCAGAAUCCUGCGGCCCAUUUGGACCAUCUACCGUGCAUCAAAGAUCAGCGUUCGGAUACAGCAGUUUUGAAUCGGAGCUCCUCCGGCUUCGACGCUACAAAAGGUCCUGCUGAUGACGACGACGACCUAGUAGCUAAACAAGUUCUCCAAGGGCUCACCGAUGAGCGAGCACCGCAGGAAUUGUUGGAUUUAAACACACAUAAGAGGCGACCUCUGUCACCUCAAGGUUACAAACACAGCCCAUCAGGUCAUUUUCCUCUGCACAGCAGUGCGAUGCGCGACAACUCGACUAGCCAACAAUACCAUCCAGACACUGAAGAUAAAAAGGAUGACCAAAAUUCCUAUGAAAAACUGAACGAAGCACCGGGGAAGAGGGACUUGGACAUAAGCUUGAUCGUCGGCGAUCCUAAAGGUAUCCCGAUCGCAGGACACCAGAAGGCUGCUUGUUACGAAUAUAAUCAUGGCAACAUGACCGCACCUAGAAUUUCUACUGCUCAGCGUAGAGAUGACAUCGACAACAGCGAUCUUGAUCAUGAUUCCGAUGCCAUGGCUCAACUUCUGAAUGAAGAGGCCCAAGCUGAGUUGCGUGCCCAGGGCACUCCUACAGAUCUAUUGCCCUGUGAAGUCGAGAACGUUGAUUUGAAGGCCAGGUUCGGUCCUGUUCGUUACACACCUGAGCCUCUAAACCAUCGAACAAUGACCAAGGAUGCCGAUGUAACUAUUGACGAUGGCACUGAGCAUUACAAUUCAGGACUCGCCCAUUCUGAAUCCUGUCAACACACUCAGCAUCGGCGAAACCGCGACAAUCGAGGCCAAAUAAAGGACUAUCGACGCUCAGCCGAUGCUAGAGUUAGCAAGCUCCGUCGACUCGGCCGACGCACGAUCAAAGCUUUGGACAAGCACAAAUGCAAGACCAUGGCUGGGCUUGCUCUCAUGGCAGCAGCUGCUACGAUUUAUACGCAUAGCCACUCAGGCUUGCCCCUGGCUCAUGCCAACCACCAGUGGCUGUUGGAUUCUACUGCUCUCAUGUACGUUACCAAGGACAGCAGCAUUUUUAGCAAUUUGCAUGAUCUUCAUCUCACAUGUUGGAAGCCACUGUCUUGGCGUCGCCAGGCAUCUUCGUGCAUUUGUAGUGGGACUGUACCGCUAGAGUUUCUCGAUGGAAAGAGCAUAUUGCUGCAGAACGUGCUGUACAAACCUGGAGCACAAGAGAAUUUCGUAUUAUUAGGUGAGCUGAAUCAAGCUGGGCUGAUCGGAGAGUGGACUCCCGACAAUAUCACUAUCAUGAACGCAACUAGCAACGAGAUCCUAGGUCGUGCGGCGAAUUUCAAGGACAUAUAUCUGCUCGAUAAUCUAGUCGCUCGUAAACAGUCCACCGAAUACGCGCCAUUCGUGAAGACGCAUGUGCCUCCACCGCUACCGGUAGUAGAAACAACAACUUCAACAAAUUCUGUUGCGGCAUCUGCAGCCUCGCAUGCCCCGGAACCCAUCACGAAAACUGAACAUGUUGAUGUUUCGAUUACUUCGGAUGUCGAAGCUUCUCAGGGGGCUGCCCAAGUAUAUUCCUCGACGACAAUUGUUCCUCUACAGAAUUGGAAUCCUUUCCGGGUCACCACUUCUAUGGUGAGCCCAAUGGUACAUACCAGCGGUGGCACAAAGCUCGCUCAAUCCGGGAUCACCUCACCUCCUAGCGAAAUUCCUAUGUUGAAAUCUUCCUUUGCAAGGCAUGAUAUGUUUCCAACUUGGGUUCGAUGGAAAGACUAUUUCAAUGCUCCGUCCAUGACAACGAAGAUCUAUCCGGCAUUCUAUCCUCGGCACAGCAGCUCAGAAACCAAAACAGCAUCAGUCAGUAGCAUUACCACGAUAUCCAACAUCGCCACGAACCCUAUCUACAAGACUGGGGACCCGUCUGUUCCCCUGAACACAGCGUCCGCCAUGGAGACGCAAGGUCAUCACAACAAGUCGAUGUCUGAAUCAGUUAAUAUUUCAAUCGCAAUCGCGACAGACAAAAUAUCCAAACCCAGCGUCACAUCAGCCCUGAGUCCAGCCGCUCUCGAAUCAUUCGAUAAUUCGAUGUCAAAUUCUGGCGGCGUCCUUGUGCCGAUUACGUCUUCUGCCGUCGCUGGCAAUACUCCUGGAAGCGUCCCCACACCAAAACCUUAUCAUUCUUUGCCAUCUAUAAUGAAACGCCCUCUUUCGGAAGAACUUGAGAUGGUGGGCAGGCCGUACGUGAAGCGACGACACCUUGAUGAACAUCUGGAGGCGCUUAGAAAGAGGUUGAUUACAUGCAAGAGUAGACUGGCAAGAGUACAGAACCGCGGAAGCUAUUCAGACGCUCUAGGUUGGUCUCAGAAUUCCAGCUCUUCUUUUCAACCCGACAUUUCCAAUGAGAUGCAGGCAUCUCCAGAGAUUAUGCCGCCAAAUACAGCAGCAAUGACGACAUCUUCGCCAGCGAUAUUGACGCCUACGUCAACGUCCGAACCCAUAAUGUCGGCACACAAGCCAAGCUCGUCAACCGAGAGAGCUUUAUAA